CGAGGCAAGCUCAAAAGCGGAAUUAAUCGACUUUUGAGGGAAACUACUCAACAGAAGCGCUGGUGAAAACGGUAGCCUUAAAUGUCAAAGCCAUUUAAAACAGCAAAAUGUUAGAACCAUUGGUAAAUCAAAAAUAAGCGCGGGCCUUUCAAAUUUGAAAUUAGCCAAAAUACCAAUUAGGCCCCCGUAAGGAAGUCAAUCAACAUUUGUUAUGAACUGUUUGCCGGUCAUCUACAGGCUAGGCGCUUUAUCUGUUUUAGUGGAUAUAACUGGGUAGCCCAGGCCACUCUGUUCAGUUCAGAAAAAGUAACCAAAGUAAAAUGUGUUGUGGUCCUUGAGAUCUUAGGGCCCGUUACAUACAGCUGCUGAAUCAAUUUGCAUAUUUCAUGACCUUCCGAGUGAUUCCUUUUUAACAAUUUUAGGUGCUGAAGUAGAACUAGAAAAUUAAGUCCAGCUCCCGGACUAUAAGAAAGGGGAUUUGAAUAUGUACUAAUUUAUCCAAUCAGAUUCUCUAGUAAUUCACCAAUUCAUUCGUUGACUCUUCAACCAAUGGUUUUAUUGCGCGGGACUUUUGAAAAAGCAUAUAGCCAAUCAGAAUGUUUCUGAGUAUAUAUAAAGGCAAUCUUACUCGUACAAGUUCGCUCCUACUUCUUCCUGAAAUGGCUCGAACUAAGCAGACAGCUCGUAAAUCCACCGGUGGCAAGGCCCCACGAAAGCAGCUGGCCACCAAGGCGGCCCGCAAGAGCGCGCCGGCCACGGGCGGCGUGAAGAAGCCCCACCGCUACCGGCCCGGCACGGUGGCGCUGCGCGAGAUCCGCCGCUACCAGAAGUCCACUGAGCUGCUGAUCCGCAAGCUGCCGUUCCAGCGGCUGGUGCGCGAGAUCGCACAAGAUUUCAAGACCGACCUGCGCUUCCAGAGCUCAGCGGUGAUGGCGCUGCAGGAGGCGUGUGAGGCCUAUCUGGUGGGGCUCUUCGAGGACACGAACCUGUGUGCCAUCCAUGCCAAACGUGUCACCAUCAUGCCCAAGGACAUCCAGCUGGCGCGCCGCAUCCGCGGGGAGAGAGAGGAGCCGUUGGUGGAGAAGCCGGAGGGAGAAGAGGAGGAGGCGUACCGUUGGCAGAUCGGCUACCCAGGGCCACGCCUUGGUGCCCUCGGACACGGCGUGCUUGGCCAGUUCCCCCGGCAGCAGCAGGCGCACGGCUGUCUGUAUCUCCCUGGAGGUGAUGGUCGAGCGCUUGAAAUGCGCCAGGCGCGAUGCCUCGCCCCCGAUGCGCUCGAAGAUGUUGACGAACGAGUUCAUGAUGUCCAUGGCCUUGCACGAGAUGCCGGUGUCGAGGUGGACCUGCUUGAGCACCUUGUGCACGUACACCGAGUAGCUCUCCUUAGGGCUCCGCUUGCGCUUGUUGCCGUCCUUUUUCUGCGCCUUGGCCACCGCCUUCCUGGAGCCCUUCUUAGGCGCCGGACAGGAUUUGGUGGACUCAGGAAUAACACCAAACAGUGCACGGAAGAAGAUAUGUGGGGGCGGCCUAAUUUUUUUUUCGUCAUGGCGCGUACAAAGCAAACAGCUCGCAAAUCUACCGGCGGCAAGGCUCCGCGCAAGCAGCUGGCCACCAAGGCGGCCCGGAAGAGCGCGCCGGCCACGGGCGGCGUGAAGAAGCCCCACCGCUACCGGCCCGGUACCGUGGCGCUGCGCGAGAUCCGCCGCUACCAGAAGUCCACCGAGCUGCUGAUCCGCAAGCUGCCGUUCCAGCGGCUGGUGCGCGAGAUCGCGCAGGACUUCAAGACCGAUCUGCGCUUCCAGAGCUCGGCCGUGAUGGCGUUGCAGGAGGCGUGCGAGGCCUACCUGGUGGGGCUCUUCGAGGACACCAACCUGUGUGCCAUCCAUGCCAAGCGUGUCACCAUUAUGCCCAAGGACAUCCAGCUGGCGCGCCGCAUCCGUGGGGAGAGAGCGUAAACUAAAAGUGCCGUCUCCAAACAAAGGCUCUUUUAAGAGCCACCUAAAGUGUCUACGAAGAGCUGCUUAUACGGCGUGUAUAAGUUUUUUUCUGACUUCACUACACCCAUCGAAAGUGCAGUGGUGCAAGCAGGAAAGCAGCUGCGUUGGGAUUCCUCCAGUUCUCUGGGCAUCCAGCACACUGCUUCCCUGACCUCCACACCACACGCAAGGCUUUUUUCCAAUCUCCAGUGGCAGACUUGAUCUCUUUCCUCUGAAGCGUUGUGCUGUAUUUAGUCAAGGCUGGCACGGGAUGUUUACAUCCCAGCGGCCAUUAAUGGACGAGAGUGCUAAAAGCGGUUUUAAGUUUAGUACAGAGCUGCUUUAAGUGCCUUAACGGGGGGAAGGUUUCGUUGAAAGGUUAGGUGUUCCAUGUUUUAAGUAGCUUGUACUU